CAGCCAGACUAUUAACUGUCUUACAUCACAGUAGAGGUUAUAGCUGAACAAGUGACACACACGACACAGGGGCAGUUUUACAUCCUCACAUCCUAAGAGUGUCCCUAGGCUAGGCACCAGAACCAACACGGAUAAAGCACUUACUGCAAAUAAGCUUAAUGAUGGCUUCAAAUGGAACCCCAAAUUUCUCUUUAGAUUGUGGAAUUAAUCAAAAAGCAUGGGAAGAAGCUCUUCCAGCUCUCUAUUUCAUUAUUUUCCCACCCGCUCUUCUGCUGAACCUUAUAGUAGCUUGGAUAUGUUUACACAUCCAGUCCAACUCUACUUUCAUGGUGUACCUGAAGCACUUGGUGGCGGCUGACCUCCUCAUGACUUUGACCUUCCCCAUCCGAGGUGCCAGUGAAAUCCCAGGAGCUUCCCCGGGGCUGCAUGCUUUCGCCUGCCGAUUCUCAAGUGUCUUCUUCUACCUAGCCAUGAACAUGAGUGUGAUUUUGAUGGGACUCAUCAGCCUUGACCGCUACUUAAAGAUUGUGAGAUCUGGAGGUGGUGUUCUGUGUCAGAACCUACUUUUUAGUAAUGUCUUAUCAUUCCUUUUCUGGAUUGGGUUGAUUGGCUCUAAUUCAUUACCAAUUAUUAUCACAUCAGACCAAGACCCUACGAAUAAGACCGGAGAGUUCUGCAUGGCCAUGAAAAGUGAACUAGGACUUUCUUGGCACGAGGGAGUCGUCAUCUGCGGCAAAGUGAUUUUUUGGACAGUGUGCAUUAUAAUUGUGGUUUGUUACACCUGCAUUGCUAAGACGGUUUUGGAGUCAUAUCAAAGGUCUCGCGGCAACAACGACAAGCGGAAGCGUAAAGCAAAGCUCCGGGUUUUUCUAAUUCUUCUCGUAUUUUUUAUCUGUUACGUACCUUACCACUCUAUCCGAAUUCCUUAUACUAAGCUACAGGUUCAAAGCAAUGACACGUGUACCAAGCUUUCACUUAAAAUUGGUAAGGACUUCACCCUCUGGCUCUCAGCUCUAAAUGUGUGCCUGGACCCCCUGAUCUACUUUUUUCUCUGCAGGGCUUUCAGGGAAAAGUUUUGGGAGAAGGUUGAUCUUAAAAGAUUUGGAAAAAACAAUGAUGCAUGUCAGUCCUCGGAUACUUCACUCUAAACUUAAUGUAAAGACAGUGAAUGUAUUUUUUUUUUUAACAAUUGCAUUUUAUAGAACGCACUGGUGAUGUACAGCUUCAAGUACAGCUGUGUUACAUUUUGUAAAUAACUGCCAUGGCAUGACAGUGUGUAACGAAUCAUUGCAGAACACUGAGAGUAAAAUGGUGUUGAAACCACAUCAGGAAGCUAAAAGUUUGCACAGUUUCACACUGGAGACCAGAAUAUAUCUUUCUAUAUCUUUCUUUGCAUCAGGGUUUUUUAUAAUAUAAACAAGUCAGCAAUUUUGCAGCUUUUUUGUAAUGAAUUCAUGGUGUAUUUUUGAUAAUAAUUUUUAUUGGACAAAAGGUCUAAAGGUCUAAGAGCUGGUCUGUAGUAUGUGUGAAAAACUGACCAAAGAAAACCUGUUUAGAAACAAAUAUUGUAACAUUUGUUAAUAUAUUUGCUACAAUAUGAGCUCAUAUGCAUUAAUAAGCAUGUAAUUGUGUUUAAUUUAGACAAAUGCUUGUACUGCAUUAAAAGCUAUUGCACUUGUAUUUGUAAUGCAUGAAGUGUAUCUAAUAAAGUUUUAU